UAUGGCUGCAAGGAAGAUAUGGCCAAUAUUCAUUGUAAAGAAGAAGGAAACAAUUAUAAUUAAUAGUAGCAAAUAAAAAUAAACAUGGGGCUUGUAUUAUUUAAUGUUCCUAUCAUAAAUCGUGAUCAAAGACAAGAAGAAACUAUCGUAGAAAUAGCUAAUGCUUUGAAAUAUUUACAUAAAGUUGUAGAUAUCAUAUUUAGUAAUAUUGAGAGACAGGUUAACGAGAAUAAAAUAAAGUUGGAAAGCAUUCAACGUCGGGUGUUAGAAUCCGAGGUUAAAGUUAAGAGGCUUGCUGGCAGUAAUAAAGCCACAAAAGUGUUUUCAAGUGCCAAGCACCCUGUCACUGAUUUGUAUUGUGACUACAGCACACUAUUCUCACUGGACUCUGCAUUGGAUAGCCAAUGUGGAAAUAAGAAAAUUAAAAGUAAACAUUCACCAGUUGAGGCCAUGGUGUUAAAGGAGAAACUUCAGUUUUACCAUGUGAAAUCUGGAACUCAUCAGUCAGGUACAGAAGCGACACCCAAGGAAGGUUUUGGUAGCUUUCCUCAGGCCCUCAGUUCCAUUAGCUCUCUGCUUUUAUUCAACACUUCAGAAAAUCCGUACAAGCAUUAUGUAAUGCUGGAUCCCUUGGGAGCAAAAACCAAAACUCGACAGAGUUUAGAAGAUGAAGAGAGCCAGGACAUAGGUGCAGCACCUCUUUCUAUAUCACAGUGUGAACAUUUGGACCAACAGACUGGAGAGAACUACUUCUAUCUACCAGAUCUUGGAGAAGUUCCUCGGAUAGAUGUGCCCAUGGAUCUUCCAGAUCUGCCAGGCAUUGCAGAUGAUCUACGUUACAGUCUUGACUAUGGUCCAGUGAUAGCACCAUCAGUGUCUACUACACCAGCCAUUCCUGAACUACCCAGUGUUUUACCAGAGAGCCCACUGCUUUAUGUUGCUGAAAGAAGUGGCCCCACAACAUUCCAACCAGCACCACAGCCAUCAAAGUCACAUGUUCCUGCAGUAUCUCAACCUAUCCCACCGCAUCAACCACUGCUGCACCCCCCUCCCCCACCCCCACCACCACCCCCAAUAGAACCAUCUCUUCCACCACCUCCCCCACCACCCCCACCCCCACCCCCACUGCCCCCGCCACCCCCGCCACCCCCGCCACCCCCCACCACCCCCACCUUCACAGAUGCCGCCAAAUAUGGGAGGGUGCAGGGUCCUCUAAAAGAACAAACAGGAGAUGUUCGAGCCAAACUAAUGGAAGCUAUUCGUCGAGCUGGAGGCUCAAGCAAAGCCAGCCUUAGGUCAGCAAAAGACAUUAAAAUUGAAGCAAAGAAAAAGAAACAAGAAGAACUUGGAAGUGGAGUUAUUCCAGCGAGUAAUGACCUUAUGGCAGAUUUGCAUGCAAAACUUGCUUUAAGGAGAAAAGGUAUUUCUGGGCUGAACAAACCAGAAACAACUGUAGGUGGAGUAAUGGAGCGUGUGUCAGCGAUGAUUCCUCCUCCACCACUUCCAAACCAAGGCAUGUCUAGUGUUGAAGAGGAUGACGACUGGGAAGAAUAAAAGUAAAACAUGUUGAAAAUAAUUAAUUUUCUUUUCUUAUUAUAUUGCCAUUAUACAUGAAGGAAAUAUAUAUCUUUAUACUACUGUUACAACAUAUUUAUGGACUCUGAACUGUUUCAAUGUUAUGUUAUGAGUAUUUGUGUAUGUUUUUUUUGCAUUCAUACCUGUGACAAUACAUGUUAUUACUUAUUGUUAACUUUUAUUUGCUGAUGAAUUAAAAAUCAAGUGAAAUCUA